CUGGUGCCUCAGGCUCCAGGCCUCGCCACUCAGAACUGAGGCGGGCACCGCGGCGCGGGAGGCCCGAAGUCAGCGUCCCGCCAUCUGCGCUCCUCGGGAGCACCUGAGGCACCGCGGGUCCCCUCGCUGCUCGGAGGUGGCGAGGACUGCGGCCAGCCGCAAGCCCGCGGUGCGGAGCAGGCGGCCCAGUUGGUCGGAUGAGUUUCGAGCCCGGGGGAGCCAUUCACGAACUAGGGGACCUGGCCCGCCGGAGGGCCGCAGAGCGUGCGCGGGGAAGCCGGGUGGAAACGGGGACUCGGGACCCUGGAGAAAGGGGCUUCCGUGCCUGGCCCAGUUAAAGGAAUAAAAUGGAAGGAGAGUCAAACAGAUCUGAGAUUCACACUCCAGUUUUUGACAAGAAGAACAAAAAGUAUUCUGUAUAUAAAGAAAGACCCCAGAAACAUGCCUGUGAAAGUUUCAGAAACUCCUCUCUGGAAAGUGACCAGCCUCAAAUAACUAAGAGUAAGAAGAAAAGAGAUUUCCAGCUUCUAAUUUCUUCUUCUUUGAAAAAAUCAGAAAUCUGCGAUAGGACUGAAAAGGCCACUUCUACACACAAGAAGAAUGAGAAGAGGAGAAAGAGUGCUCUGGGGGUGGAUAAGGAAACAGGGGUUGCUUAUGUCCUGGUAAACAAAGAAAACAUUGAGAACAUGCCCAAGAACUUUGGAAAGGACAUGGAUGUGGUCUAUGUGGAUGUCAGCAGGGAGCAGAAGUCAGCAGAAGGGCGGGUGGGGGGUGAGCACACCGUGGCUGAGUCUCCUAAAGGUGACCUGGAAGAGCCGCGUAGCAGAGGCAGGGGGAGCAAGAGUCGCAGCCAGCGGAGGGCAGUCGCAGCCUGGAGUGCAGCCCAGGAGAGCCCUCCUGGGAGUGUCACCCUUCCCCAGCUAGAGUCACACACACAGCCACCCUUGCUUUCUCUAGGCCUUGAAGGGGACAUCUCAGAACCACCAGUGUCCACUGGUAAAAAGAAGUCUAAGAAAAAAAAGAGGAAAAGGUCCAGUAUGCAGGAAUGGGAGGAGUUACCUGGGCCUGGGGUUCCAGCUCACACUCACCCCGAAGGACCACGGGCCAUUGAAGCAGGGACUGGAGAAGACAGUGACGUGCUGGGGAGGGGGAGGGGAUCCAGAGGUAUGAAGAAGAAGGCCAAGAAGAGGAGGCACAUUUCCGUAGAAAGCCCUGUCGAGUCUGGUGGUGAUUUUUCAGCGCUGCAUGACAACUCUGGGAACACGUGCUCUACUUCACCGGAGGGUGACAGCACCCUGACAGAAGAAAGUGUAAAACCCCAGCCCAGAGAGGGGAGACCCCAGGCCAGGAAGAGGGUGAAGCAAGUGCAGGAGGCGCAGAGGUUAAACCCAGUGGAUGAGGAAGAGCAUGGGGAAGAUCGUGGUUUGGCAUCGCCUGGAGAUUCCACAGCAAGAUGCUCAGGUGAAGCCGGGAGGGAUUCUGGUGACUCGGACGUGGAUUUGGAUUCCGCUGUAAGGCAGCUCCAGGAGUUCAUUCCUGACAUCAAGGACAGGGCGGCCACUACUAUCAAGCGAAUGUACCGCGAUGACCUGGGACGGUUUAAAGAAUUUAAAGCUCAAGGAGUUGCUAUUAGAUUUGGCAAAUUUUCUGUCAAGGAAAAUAAGCAGAUAGAGAAAAAUGUACAAGAAUUUCUGUCCCUGACAGGAAUUGAAAAUGCAGACAAACUGCUGUACACAGACAGAUACCCAGAGGAGAAGUCAGCCAUUACCGAGCUGAAAAGAAAGCACGCAUUUAGAUUGCACAUUGGUAAGGGCAUCGCUCGGCCCUGGAAACUCGUAUACUAUCGAGCAAAGAAGAUGUUUGAUGUCAAUAAUUACAAAGGCAGGUACAGCCAAGGAGAUACGGAGAAGUUGAAGGCAUACCAUUCCCUCCAUGGGAACGACUGGAAAAAGAUUGGGGCCAUGGUGGCCCGAAGCAGCCUCUCAGUUGCCCUGAAGUUCUCCCAGAUCAGCAGUCAGAGAAAUCACGGUGCUUGGAAUAAGACGGAAACACGGAGGCUCAUCAAGGCUGUCGAAGAGGUGAUUCUGAAGAAAAUGUCUCCCCAGGAGAUGGAAGAGAUGGAUUCACAGCUCCAAGAGAAUCCUGAAGGUCGCCUGUCAAUCGUCCGGGAAAGACUCUACAAGGGCAUAUCCUGGGUAGAAGUGGAAGCUAAAGUGGAAACCAGAAAUUGGAUGCAGUGCAAAAGUAAGUGGACAGAAAUUCUGACCAAGCGGAUGACUAAUGGCGGGUUUGUGUAUCGUGGAGUGAACGCGCUACAGGCCAAAAUCAACCUUAUUGAAAGAUUGUAUGAAAUAAAUGUGGAAGAUGCUAAUGAAAUUGAUUGGGAAGAUCUCGCUAGCGCCAUAGGUGAUGUGCCUCCGUCUUAUGUCCAAACUAAGUUUUAUAAGCUGAAGGCGGCCUGUGUUCCCUUUUGGCAGAGAAAGACGUUUCCAGAGAUCAUCGACUACCUUUACGAGACUAGUCUACCUUUGCUUAAAGAAAAGUUAGAAAAGAAGAUGAAGAGAAAAGGCACCAGAAUCCAGACUCCCACAGCACCCAAGCAGGUUUUCCUGUUUAGAGAUAUCUUUCAUUGUGAAGAUGAUAGUGAAGGAGAAGACAUAGAAGAACAAAGUUAAACAGAGGCCCAGAUGCGGUGUAUGUUCCUGGUACAGAAAGGCGUCAGGUGGCGUGUGGAUCUGCUCUUCCUCCAGCUGGUGUAUGUCCCUUGUACCUGUCACCAUGUGCACACCGCAUCUUCCUGGAUGGCAUCCUAGUGUCUGCAAAUGGUACGUCUCACGUCCGCUGUCCUCUGAAAGCUGGUCAUUGCAUUCACGUGGCAUUCAGCUGAACAAAGAAAGAGCAGCAGUUUCUUGAUAAAAAAAUCUGGUCGUCAGGUUUGUUGGAAGCAUCAGGACUUGUUGGCUUUUCAAGGAUAAUUUCAAUGCCAGGCUUUUUAGUCAUUCAGGAAAACAAAACAAGUAUAGUUAAUUUAAACAGAGAAUUUACAGGGCUUUGGGUUACAAAAGUUGUCAAGUGGAAUGAAGAAACCAGUGGGGAAAGGUUGGAUUAUCCAGAGCUGGGGACUGCAGGAAGCUGCUGCAGCCCCUGCAGGGGGCACUAAUACCACCCCGCCCACGCCUCCCAGUGACUCUAUGAACCCCAGGCUGUCCACUGCUGCUGCCCUCACGACAGCCUGUACUCUCGUGUCCCUUGGCCAACACGUGCCUCCUCCUGCCUUCUAGUCUCUGAGUGCCUUGUGCGGGCCACCCCUUAGCAGAAGCCUGCUGCAAGGGGAUCUGGGCCACCUGUACAGGAGAGAGCAGAGAAAGGAAAGUGGCUGAAUGUGUGCCAUCAGUGCCAAGCGGGGCUCCACUGUCUCCUCAGGGCUGAGUCAUUCACGUAGCACUCUUAGGAAAGCACUGUGCACCCAGCUAUACCCCAGCAAAAUCUGCAGAGAACUGUGGGUGUGUUGCUGGGGAUCAAGCCAAGGGCCUGGAAUGUGCCAGCCACACACUCUAGCACUGUGUAUAGCACUCCUGACACUGGUCAGCUAGGCCACAGUGCCAGGCCUGUGCCCAGACGUGCCACCAGGGGAGAAAGAAGAGCACAAACGGUAGCAGUCUUGUUCCCCACUGUAUCCCCAGCAUCUGUCACAGUAUCGUGCAAAUAAUGGACACACCAUAAACAUAAACUAAGUGAAUAUGGUCUAGAAUCUCUCCUGUGGUCAGCUCCUGUCCCUAGACACACCAGUCUCCAUGCUGAUGGGACUAUAAAUCCUGUGUUCCUUUUGCAGGACAAUUUGGUAAGACUCAUCAGAGCCUGAAGAAUGUACAUGUUUAUGACCAGCAAUUUCUAAGAAUUUGUCCUGUGAAAUAAUAGAAAAUGUAAAUGUUCUUAAUAGGAAAUUUGUUAAAUUAUGGUAUAUCCCUAGAAUGGAAUAUUCCACAGUGAUUAGAAAUGAUAAUAGCAGGUUUGAUUGAUAUGAAAAGGUAGUAUUUCAACUGAAAUAUUUCAGAAGAGUAUAUUUUCUCAAUUUUGUAAAAGUAAAAGGAUUAAGGAAAUUGUAUAUAUAGAAGCAUUAAAAUGUAUGAAACAAACCCAAAAUGUUGUUUUGGACAGUGCUUCUCUGGGCAGUGGGACUGAGUUUAUAACUUAGCAUUCUUUGCUGUGCUGGGGAUUGAACCCAGGGCCUGGCAUGUGCUAGGCAAGGGCUCGACCUGAUCCACAUUCACAGUCCACAGCUGAGACAGACUUGCAUAGCCCCUGGUAUCUGGACUCAGUGAGGAUUAGUUCAGCUCCUCUGAGUCCCUGGAGAUGUGGUUCCUAGCUGAUUUUCUGCUGUCUCUUCUGCAGAGUCCAUUUUGUCUUGAGUCCACACACAGUCCCUCAGCCCCCAAGGCAGUCCCUCAUAGCCCUGCUUCAGUCCUGCCUCCAUCAACCCAGAAGAAAAAAGAGGUUCUCUUCCUCUCCUGCUGAGGCCCUGGGUGUCCUGCUGGACCCACAGAGCUCAGGCCCAGCCGAACUCACACUAGUGCGGAGCGUGGGAUUGGUUCCAGCCCAUGGGCCCGGCCUCAGCUGGGAUCUAGCUGAGAGGGUAAAUGUCUAGUGGAAAACUGGGGUUCCAUGAGCAGAAAAGGGAGUGAGUGGACACUUGAGGAAGCAACUCACAACCGUGUGUCACAGAGGUGAUUGCUUGAAUAUAAAUUUUACCCAGUAAACUUGUGUACUUUGUAAAAGUUGUACUUUUGUAACUUUUUUUCACUUACCUCCCUGCCUCUAAUAGUCCAAGUGUGCACACAGAAGCAGGCCUUAACACAUCUUACCUUUGCCAAUCACCCAUUUUACAUGUACGAGUCUAGGCACUCGGAAGGAAAACAGGGAAGGCGCUGUGUGUCAAGGGAAAUGGAGUAGGUUGCUUGGGAAGCCAUGAGUGGGUUCAGGGAGGCGCAGACCAUGGGUUGGGGGCACAUUUGAGCA